GGUUGCCAUGUCCGCGUGUGUCUGGCGCUUAUACGUCUCCACCGUCGCGAAGUGCACUGGAGAAACAUUACAACUGGUACUACCUAUGGCGCUCAAACGUCACCGCCCGCCUUUGACUUGGAUGGGUACCGUUUCAGACUAACAGACAGGAGCUUUUGGUGCGGUGAACGUCCAAUAUGGCGUUCCCUAAAAGCAGGGAAUCCGAAAGUACUUUGGAACUGGGUUUCUCGAGAAACGUGACGUCAGACACCAGCGACAGCCGACGUGAAGUACAAGUGCGCCGGCUGUGCUGUCGGCAUAUCGACUUCUCCUGUCCUCAUUUUAGAGACGCCAAAUUCAGACGCUGCUAACAAAGCUGGCAGCUGAAGAGUAUGACUUUAUUACAGCAGGCAGAGAGGAUGACAAACGGUGGUACAUUUAAAAACUGAUCAGCUUACUACCAACAUGCAGCCAUUAACGUAUCUUUGGAGAGAUUCAAGUACGUGUAAAAUAUAUUCUCAUCUGUUUGUGUGUGACUAAGUGUGUGUCAUCAGUGAUCAUUGGUGCUGGAACUAUUCUACUCAUCUAAGUGAAGCGUCGACGUGUGAGUGAUAAGAAUCAUAUAGCUAUCUCUCCAGUGCAUAUUACCUCAAAGGAAUUUCAUUAUCAUCCGUUUUUCACGAGUACCUGUCCAUAAUCCUACCCUCUUUAACAUUACAGGUUGUGGAGCAUUUUUGGUCUCGUUAUUCCAGUUAUCUCUGAAUGGAAAAUACUCAGAACGGUUACCUAAGACGUUCGUGUAAAGUGUGGCGAAGCUUUCUGAAUGUGCGUGUGUAGUGCAAUAAAGUGAGUGACAGAAGUGGCGACAGGAAACGCGGAUGCUGUUGUCCAGUAUCCGGCCGAGAUCUGUUCAACAUGAGCAGAGACUUCCAGUCGGUGAGCCAGGUGGCCUGGAGCGUCCGGAGGGACGGGCUGCUGGAAGGCCCUACUGAUAAUGACACCGACUGCGCCCACAGUCAACUGCCCUCUGUCAAGGACUACUACACAGAGCUGAGUCCGGUGCUGGUGUGGGUCAUCGCCGUCUCCACGGUGGCGGUCCUUUCCACGUGCGCCGUCUACGUCAUGAGCUUGUGGCACGUGCUCACCAGGGCAGCACCCACACUCAAGUCGCCCACCAGCUACGUGCUCACCAUACACCCAGUGGCGGCUGUGGCGUCGUACAUCUCGGUGAUGAUCCCGCGCACGUACUUCCUGAUGGAGGCGCUGGUGCAGGACCUGUUCACCAUCUGCGUGUACCAGAUGUUCUGCCUGCUGGCCGCCUACUACGAGCAGGAGGGCGUCUCGCGCAAGCUGCGGGGCGCCUGCAUCCGGCUGAGCACGGGGCCGUGCUGCUGCCUGCCCUGCUGCCGCCGCCUCUGCACGCCCGUGCCGCUCACCAGGAGUGCGAUGAUGAAGCUCCGCAUCCUGGUGCUGCAGUUGCCGGUGGUCCUGUGGGUGCUGUACGGCGUGUGCUACGUGCUGUGGGCGGAGGACGAGAAGCUGCUGGACGCGGCGCAGCCGUUCCUGGUGCCGCUGCAGGUGGGGUCAGUCCUGCUGGCAGGCUGGGGCACCAACAUGGCGGCGCACGUGCUGUCCGAGGCGCUCGGUGGGGUGCGCGCCACGCACAAGUUCCUCGCCCUCGAGCUCACCGUGCUGCUGCCCGAGGUGCAGAGUCUGCUGGCGCACCGCGUCGCCGGCCUCUUCCCCUGCACCGUGCCCUUCACGCCGCUUUUCUGGAGCAACAUGGUGGUGAAUGUGCUGACACUGCUGGAGGUGUUUGCCCUCAGCCUCUGGGCUCGAAGCCUGUACUGCCACCAGGAGCUAGGCUUCCACCGCAUGCGAGAGGAGGAGGAGGCGGGUGAAGACGCGGAACACUGCCAGGAGAUGGUUGACGUCUCAAAUGCCAGGGGCCUUCGGUAGCAGUCUGAGCUGGUGGUUGCUCAAAGUGACCGUGAUCGAUUGUGGUACUGCCCAUCAGGGCCUGCAAGACAGCUCCCAGCAGAGAGUCGUGCGAUAUCCCACUCGUACUCUAGCAUUGGAGAUUGAACCUCUCACAGAGCACCAGCGACACGCAAUUGCAGGGAAAGUUGCACACCUGCAGCUGUUGGCUUUGAGGUUACCCAGUUUUGUAUCAUCUGCAGAAUCUGCUAUACCCUGUGGGAGAAAUGGAGCAUCAUCCAUCCCAGAUGUGUGAAAUGAAUUCUUUUCUGCAUAGCCCAGUAAGUGGAAGUCAGCCUUCCCUCGGGAUAUUCAGCAGAGUUUCCAGAUGUCUCCAUGUGGUCAG